GGCUGCCGAGUUGCUGGAGCCAUCACAUCAUGAUUUGACCAAGCUGGGGUUGUACUGGUCCCAUGAUGGCUCCCAACGUCAGCUGCUUCCUUUUGGCUGUGCUGUUUUCUGCGGGCUGCAAUGCCGUCACCUCCUCAGAUCAGAUGUGCACUGAGAAAGAAGCCAACAAAACAUAUAACUGUGAAAAUUUAGGUCUAAGCAAAAUUCCCGACACUCUACCAGACACAACCGAAGUUCUGGAAUUCAGUUUUAAUUUCUUGCCUACAAUUCAAAACACAACCUUCAGCAGACUCAUAAAUCUUAUCUUUUUGGAUUUAACCAGGUGCCAGAUUAACUGGGUACAUGAAGACACUUUUCAGAGCCAUCAUCAUUUGAGCACAAUCGUGUUGACAGGAAAUCCACUGAUAUUCAUGGCAGAGACAUCACUUAACGGGCCCAAGUCUCUGAAGCAUCUCUUCUUAAUCCAAACAGGAAUAUCCAAUCUCGAGUUUAUCCCAGUGCACAAUCUGAAACAUUUAGAAAGCUUGCAUCUUGGAAGCAACCAUAUUUCCUCCAUUAACUUCCCCAAAGACUUCCCAACAUACAAUCUGAAAGUCGUGGAUUUUCAGAAUAAUGCGAUACAACAUCUCACUGGACAGGACAUGGACUCUCUGAAGCAGGCCACCAACCUAAGCCUCAGCUUCAAUGGCAACAACAUUAAAGCUAUUGAGCCUGGGGCUUUCCAUUCAAAAGUCUUCCAAAGUUUGAACUUUGGAGGGACUUUUGACUUGCCUAUUAUAUUAAGAGGUCUGCAAAACUCUACUAUUCAGUCUCUCUGGCUUGGCACAUUUGAGGACCUUGAUGACCAAGACCUUAGUCCAGACAUGCUUCAGGGACUUUGUGAAAUGUCUGUUGAGAGCAUCAACCUGCAGAAGCACCAUUUCUCUGACUUCUCCUCCUCCACUUUUCGAUGUUUCACGCAACUCCAAGAAUUGGAUCUGACAGCUGCUCACUUGGAAGAGUUACCCUCUGAGAUUAAGGGCAUGAACUCACUCAAGAAAUUAGUUCUCAAUGCAAAUAAGUUUGACGAGUUGUGUCAAAUCAAUGCUGCCAAUUUCCCCUCCCUUACACACCUCUACAUCAAAGGCAACCUGAAGAAGCUUGACCUUGGUGCUGGCUGUUUGGAAAAACUAGAAAACCUUCAGGAACUUGAUUUAAGCCACAGUGACAUAGAGGUUUCCAGCUGCUGCAAUCUGCAGCUCAAAAGCCUACAUCACUUGCAGUAUCUCAACCUGAGCUACAAUGAGCCCCUGGGUUUCCAGAGUCAGGCGUUCAAAGAAUGUCCUCAGUUACAACUCCUGGAUUUGGCAUUUACUCACUUGCACGUUAAUGUGCAAAGUCCUUUCCAAAGCCUCGGUCUCCUGCAGGUUCUCAAUCUCUCUUACUGCUUCCUUGAUAUGAGCAAUCAACAUCUUCUAGCAGGCUUGCAGGACCUCCGGCAUCUGAACUUACAGGGGAAUCACUUUCAACAAGGGAACAUCCCAAAGACCAACCUACUUCAGACAGUGGGCAGCUUGGAGACUCUGAUUUUAUCCUCUUGCAACCUCCUCUCCAUAGACCAGCAAGCAUUCCAUGGCCUUGGAAAAAUGACUCAUGUAGACUUAAGCCACAACAAUCUGACAGGCAGUAGCCUUGGUGCUCUUAGCCAUCUAAAGGGACUCUAUCUCAAUCUGGCCUCCAACUGCAUUAGCAUCAUUCCACCCCAACUCCUCGCCAUCUUGUCCCAGCAGAGCACCAUUAAUUUAAGUCACAAUCCCCUAGAAUGCACGUGUUCUAAUAGUCGUUUCUUAACAUGGUACAAAGAAAACUUGCAAAAAUUCGAGAGCUUGGAGGAGACCGUGUGUGCAAACCCCCCACGUUUAAGGGGAGUUAAGCUGUCUGCUGUCAAGCUGUCCUGUAGGAUAACAGCCGUGGGCAUUUUCUUUUUCAUUGUCUUUUUCCUCUUGCUUGCCCUUUUGCUCUUUUGGGCAGGUAAAUUCCUUCUUAGGUGGAAAUACCAACACAUUUAGUACUGAAGAUUUCCAGAGAAGGCGAAUAAAUGUGUUUAACAAAGCUGCCCUAAGUGAAGAAAUUGCUGUUUGUGGCUGGCCAGACUUCUCUUGGGGCUGGGCAAGGGUUCACUGUACUUUUUUGAGCAUCUUACCCCUGUGAGUCCCAGAGCUAAUGAGUGUCCCCAGCACGCAACUGGGGGUCAGACGUGGCUGUGAGAGCUGCAGAUGCAUUUCCUCACAUAGAAGGGGGAUGGAGUGGGGGGGGGGACCUGUGACAGGGAAAACCAGGAGUCCCCUCUCCCUCCAUUCACCAGCUUCCCUCCCAGCACCCUCACCCCAUCCCUGAAAGGAUGCGUACCCCCAGAACUUGGCCAUACCGAAGUUUUCCCGUUCACUCUCACCCGCAGCGUGGACAUCGUACUUUGGUCUGAGUUCUGCAUAAUGUAGCCAUUGGGAAACUUAGUUGAGGACAAACUCUCAACGCUUAUUUAAAGUGAAAAAGGCAAAACAAUGAAUUUAAAAGAAAAGACUGAAGAAUGAAUCCUGCCAUCAGAUAGAUUCCAUUGAUCCCUUUAAUCCUUAGUUCUCUAUAAUGUCUCUGAGGUGCAAAUAUCUACCAAAAAAAAAAAAAAAAAGGUCCCCUCUUCCUCCCAGAGGUUUAGGAUUUCUGCCACAUUUGUUGCAUUUACUUUAGAGCUAGGGAGGCUCCCCUCUGCCAAGCUGAUCUUGCUGUUAGGUUCCAGAUCUUCCCUAGGCUGUCGUCUUUUACUCAUUCGAAGCCUCUUUUACUCAUUCGAAGCCUCUUUCCCACAGGAAUUGUGAGAUAAACGGUGGUUUGGUUCCCAGACUGACCCUCAAAAUCCUAUUUAUCUCAGAGACCAUUUGAGAUCGCACAUCUACAAUGAAAACUCGUAGAAGAAAAGAUCACUGCACAUUAGCUGUCAGGAGCACAAUAAGGCUGUCUUAGUGAGAAGUGGUUUCUGUUGAGGGUGGGGGCGCCAGCAAAGAUUGUUAUCAGUGACAGACAGGGGACAGGACCAUCGAAUGCAGAUGGAAAAAGAGGACAGAGAAGCUGUCAAUGCUAUGACUUAGGUCUUCCCAAGGCCCAAAGGGUCACACUCAUGCAUGCAGGCUCGAUCUAUUAAAGUCUGGAUUGCAGGGCAAGGGAGGGGAGAGCUGUUGUACUCAGGUGUUGCAUUUAUAAGACCUUGGUUAUGUCCUAUACCCAAUUUGAGGUUACAGAUGGUAAUUUACAGUUAUAAAAUUCUGAUUGUAUAUCAAAGUUGAUUAACUUCAAUAUUCAUUCAGAAUUCAUUAAUUUUUAGGUUGAAGGCAUAAUUGUGGGACUUAAUAAUAGAGUUGAAAGUUGGGGGCAACUGUACUUUAUCUCUUUACCCCAGGAAAAAAAAAGAGCAGGUAGGAGAAUAGCAGCAAAAUGAAGCUCUUUCAAGUCUCAGAAAUCUCUAGGCCUUAGCACUUGCUGUUUACUUUGCCUGGAAGAUGCUGCCAACUCCCAUAUAUUCCUUGAUAUCCCUGAAACCUCAGCACUAAUAUUUUCUCCUCAGAGGGGAACCCUUCCCUGAAUAUCCAGUCUAAACCAACCACCUUGCCAUGUUCAAUUCCCUCUCGUAGCAUCCUGUUGUACUGUCUUCACAUGCGUACCUAUAUUUGGAAUGAGCUUGUUCACUUGUUUUCACAUAUUGUCUAUCUCUUUCCAUCUCCCUCAAAUGUGCUCUGCAUAGGAGCUGGGUCCCUGUUUGUGUUGUUUACUCAACAAUAUCCCAGAGCUUGUCUGGUACAUAGUAAGGGCUCAAUAUAUUUUUGUUUAAUAAUUGCUGACGUUUUGCCUGCAGUCUAAUUCCUGAGCCCUUACCAGCUCCCAAUUCUGCCCCAUGCCCAUCCCUACCUCCCCUCAGCCUCCUGGGCAUCGCAAGCACUUGCUUAUCACCAGAAAUUGCCAAGGAAAAUCUUUGCAAAAUGGAUUCCUAGGCCCCACCCCUAGAUAUUAGGAUUCUGUUGAACUGGGUUUGGCCCAGGAUUCUCAGACAAAUGAUUCUAUGUAAAAUCUUUCCCUAUGUGUAAUGAUAAUUUUUAUUCCUCCAGCUUCUCCCCAUCUCAGAGUGUGGAAGGUCCAUGCUCUAAGAAUCCAGUCUCAGCACCAACCCACUGAGUUCUCUCUGUGCUCUGUCAAAUUUAAGCUCUUUCCUGCCUUAAGGGUUUAAGGCGAUUUGGGAAAUAGUAAUUGCUGAUCUAUCACCCAUGGUCACACAGCCUUCCAUAAUAUUAGAUGUGUAAUUUGAAAAAGCAAAAACAUUCUGUAGAAAAUUUCUGAUGCGAAUUGCAUGACACUAAAGUCUACAGGAUCCCAAGCCUUAGCAAAACUGAAUUGCCCAUCUUGCUUUCAUUUAUCAGUCAUGCUCCUCCUUCCUUGCAAUACGACUUGCUACUCCAUAACUUCUCACUGAUCUAAGGCUUUGCGACAGCUCCUCUGUUUUAAGCAAUAGUAAAUUCACUGCACAAAGUCAGAAAGGGAGCUUUUUGAUGGCUGCUGUCAAUUUUAUUGCUUUAUCGUGGAUACUAGGAUAGAAUCUGUAGACAUGGUGUGUUUAUUGGUUUUAUGUAUUGCAUGUUGUUGCUGCUCUGACAAGCUAGUCCUAUAAAAAUGUGUUAUUAUUGCAUGUUGUAGCUCAGUGAGCUGACCCUGCAUCUCAAAGUGUACUGAGGCAAAUGGCAUUGGAGUCCAUAAAAGCUGACUGGCCUCCAUCACAGUGGACUCCCUGCGUGAGCUGCAACUUCUACAAUCAGGGAGCAAAUUAUACCUUUCCCAGUGUCAACAGCCAUCACCGAUAACUGAACACAGCAGAGAACCAACACAGGCAUUAUCUGCAAAAUUUCAAGAAAGGAAACUGUCGUAUCAUUCCUACUUGUCCUAUUCUCCAAUAAGUGUUGUUUGUAGUUUUCAAGUUUACAAAAGUAUGAAAUAAAUGACUUUUUAAUGUU